GACUCCGCGGCCAUGGCCGCCAAGGCUGCGCUGGCCACGUGCGGGUUUCCCGGCAGCGACGCCCCUGGGCUUCGCAGCGCCUCGACGGCAAGUCCGCCCGCAGACGCCGCCCUGACGGAGGCGUACACGCAGGGAGUGCACGAGGCGAUCGCGGCCUCGCUCGCCUGCUCGUUCGCGCCCGCGCAGGCGGGCGCGCCGCUGGCGAUGGUGUCGCCCAGCGGGGCGCCGCCGAUGGUGUCGCCGGCCGAGCUGGCCGAGCGCAGUCGGGCCGCCAUGCAGGCGAUGGUGGAGGCCGCGGCGGCCGCGGCGGCCGCGCAGGCGGCGCACGUGGCGGCGGAGGUGGCGCUGCUGAGCCAGGCUGCGGAGCACACCUCCCGGGAGGUCGCCGAUGCCGUGCGCGCGUGCGCUCAGGCCGACGCCUUGGCCGUGGCGGCUCCGCCCCUGGCGCGGGCGGCCGCGCCCAGGGGCGAGCCGCCGCCGGCAAUGCUGCCACCAGCGCUGAGCCUGGCAUCCUG